AUGGUUCGUGCUGUGGUCGCCCUCCUCUGCCUGCAGGCGUGCGCGCUGGCGGCGCCCAGAGCCGGGCCGCCGUGGCCCCGGAGGGUCCGCGGGCGCAUCAUCAACGGCACCGACGCCAGCGUCGCCGACUUCCCGUGGAUGCUGUCGAUGGAAGCGGCGGGCCAGCAGUGGUGCGGCGCCUCCGUGGUGAGCGGCAGCUGGGCGCUGACGGCCGCGCACUGCGUCUCCGCGCCCUACCUCACCCUCAGGGCUGGCUCUUCCACGUGGGGCAGCGGCGGGGUCGUUCUCGACGUCUCGCAGACCAUCAUCCACGAAGACUUCGACUAUUACGCUAUGACGUACGACUUCGCUGUUCUGCAGGUGGGCCACUACGUUUACCGUUUCAAAUUACAAUUUUUGUACGCCGCUGGCCGUUAUAAUAGCAGCAGUAUAUGA